AUGUUGGGCCAACAUAAACCCAACAUGUUUUGCAAGGGCGUGCGUCCCGUGCUGGAUCGCAUUGAGGAGUUCGCGAAGGCCAAGGAGGAGAACUACGAUGCCUAUAAGCUGAAGUAUGGCACGGGCAAAAUCUUGCGAAAGAAGUUGAAGAAGGACUUCGGCUUAGAUGCGAUCUGUUCCAAGCAACCAUCUGGUCAUGAUGGCAUGUGGAAGGAUCUCUGUGAAAAAGCCAGAAGCUCGCUGAAGGUGCUGCAAGGAGAAGACAUUGCCCUGGUGGCCGCAAGUCGCAUUUCGGAGAGUCUCUUGAGCUCUUGUCGUGAAGCCAAGAAGGACAUGAAGGUCUUGGACGAGUUGUCUGCAUCCGCCCUGCAGGUCAUUAGUGACGAGGACUGGGAGGAAGUGUCGGACUCCGCGCACGAUGCCGAUUGCGAGGGAACCUUCGAGGCCUUGGAGAAGGUUCCAAACCCUCCACCGGCACCGGUCUAU